AUGGCAGUCGGUCGUGGGUUUACAUGGCUCCAGAGUCCCUUGAAGUUUUCUACUUUCCUGUUGCUUAUGGUGCCUGUUUUUUUCCUUAACCGGGAUGGUUCAUCUAUGAAUCAACUGCCUGCUGUUUUUGUUGGUGUACAAUAUGCCUACCUUGGAUUUAAACCUUCAAGCAUCGAAAGAACAACGAGAGCAAACAUCCAUGGGCAAUAUCAUCUUCCAAGCUGCUUUCCAUAUGCUUUGACAAUACCUGUAAUUUCUAACUUUCUAACGUGUCAAAUAGUACUAAGUGGUGAUGUUGAGGCAAAUCUGGGCCCAAAGGAAACCAAUGUUCACCAAGAAAGCAAGAAAUAA